AUGGCUGCAGUCUCUACUUCCCGCGCCUCCACGCCCUCCCCCCCUCCGCGUACUCUCACCGCCGCAGACCUCCCGCCGAUGCCCCCACUCCCCGACACCCCCGAACACGUCCACGCGUCCAUCUCCACCGCCACCCCCGGCUCAUACGGCGAGGCCCACACUGAAGAUGGCGUCGAGUUCGUCUUGCUCAAUGACGAUGUCCUCACCAGCGUCGCCAACGCUACCGUCGCCAUGCUUCACGGCCACACCCUCGAGCGACUCGCCGUCCUGUACCAGUUUCCCCAAUUCCUCGAGCAUUGCCCGCACGAGUCUCUCACACUCAUGGUGCCCCGCAUCUGUACCAUUAUCGUCGACGAGAAGCCAGAGGUUCAAAUGGCCGCCGCUGAGGCUUUGUACUUCGUUGUCAAUAUCAAGGCCCCCCCGGAAGUCUCAAAGUGUAUAGUCGUCGCCACUCUCUCCGUCAUCGCUGCAAACCCUGAAAGCGAAGUUUUCGACGCCUGUGGCGAGAUUCUCUCCAUGAUGUUGCCCCAGGUUGCCCGCCAAGACGUCUUGGACCUAGUCGUCCCCGCCACCCGCGAUCGCGCCGCCGCAGAAUCUGCAGAGUCCCGCAGAUUAGCUGCCAGAAUUAUGGGUUCCUUGAACGAUGCCUUGAACUCUAGUGAGAUGGAGAAUUUGUUCUUUUCUCAUGCUAUCAAUCUGGCCGACGACGAGGACGAUUCUGUCCGCGCUAUGAUGGCCCAGUCGCUCGGCCCUGUCGCUGUCAAUUUGCCCGUCAACCUCGUUGAAAAACAGAUUUGGCCAAAGCUUGGCAUAUUAGUCGAUGAUAAGAACGUCCGCGUCCGAGCCGCCGCCAUGCGCGCUCUGGCGAAGAGUGCAGAGGCUCAUAGUAGCCAUUCUGAGAAGGCCAAAACCUAUCAAACUGUUCUUUUACCGCUGUAUCUCGAUGUGUGCCGAAACGCUGCCGCUGUUGCAUCGAAAGACUUGCGCACGGUUGCUGAUGACACUUACCUUAUGCUUGAGAUCUUCUCAGAGGUCUUCGGCUACUUUUUAUGCUCCCUUCAUAAGCUUUUGGAGGGAAAGGACAAGGAAUGGGGUGUAGCUCUGGCCGCUCUUCGUGCCAUGGCUUCCUGCAAUGGGCCCACUGUUCGACAUUGGUGUGCCUUUAACAUGCCGGCUAUUACUCUUGUCGUCACACACCGUGACCCGGAUAUUGUCAUCGCCAUUCUCCAGGCUCUGGCAAAAGACUCGGAUAUUGAAACGAGAGCCACCUUAGCUGCAGGUAUCAAGGAAACGGCAAACACUUUGGCAAAAGGCAAGUUUCGAAAUGAGCUCAUUGAGUCCAUAUCGAUCCUCUUCAUGGAUGAAAAUGCACAGGUCAGGAUGAAUGCACUUGGACAUUUGUCCGACCUUCUCACGCUGUUAUCUCCUGGGCAAGAAGCAAACCUUGCAAGAGUGAAAGCGGCAGUAAUUGCUGAAAGGGACAAUGGACUCAUUAGCGGUGCAAGUGGAGAAAAGCAUGGAGCAGAGUCGGCAGAUAUCGACGUGCGACGUCUGCAAAAAAUUUUCACAUCCAUUGAGAUGAUGCCCUUUGACUCAUGGCGUACACAAGAAAUACUCGCCGAGCAGAUCCGAAUGUCUGCCCAUCUAAUUCCCCAGCAGAUGCUCUGCGAGAAUGUCGCCCCGUUGCUAUUCCAGAUGGCACGUGAGAGCACAUACCUCGUGAGGAAGGCAUCUAUGAGGUCUCUUAUGCAUGUUCUGAGAUAUAUUCCUGACGUGAGAAGAAGAAACCAUAUCCUCAAGCACUUCCGCACGGAAUGGGCAAGAGGCCAAGUUUAUUGGACCAGGUUAGCGUUUAUUGAUGGCGCUGAAUUUGCUCUGGAAGUCGUUUCUGUGAAGCUCUUUAAUCAACUAUUUAAGAAGGAGUUGCUACGCUUGAGUCACGACACUGUACCCAAUGUGAAAACAAGGCUUCUUCGUCUCUUUGAACGACUGGUGACCAGAUGGGGUGCCAAUACAGAUUUCAUGGAGGCUCUUCGCCAUCUCUCCACCGACGCUGAUCCACAAGUGUCUCAGGAAGCAGAGCUCAUGCUCAAGCGACUCCGCUCUGGUUGCUCUCUUUCAGAGAAAGAAGCUAGGCAAGAAAAGGAGCGAGAAGCUGAAGAAGAUGCCUUCUUUGUACACAGGCCGAAGCGCAGAAAGCCUGCGACCAUCAACUCAGAAGCUGCACAAAAGCGAGCGUCGGUUCCUGCAGCUAAAAUCCCGAGCGUACAAGUCGUACCGUCUCACGGGUCAGUGAAGCCUCAGAUCAUGCAGCCAAAGGUUGAGGAGCACAGGGGCAGUCCGCCUCCGCCUGAAGCCUCGGUUGAACUAGUAGGAAGAAGGUCCGCUAUGAAACCUUCAGAGGCUGGCAGCGAACAGCCGCCACCCGCGAAACCAGGAUUCUUCAAGAAGAUCUUCGGCAUCUGCUUUGGAGGAUAA